GGCGUCAUGUUGCCAUGUGACGGUGCUAGCAGACAACCCUUCGCGACAGUGUAUGGAUUAGCUUGUUGAAUGUAAUUGUUAUGCACCGCACACACGAUAUGCAAUAGUUCCAACUGAAAAAGAAAGGGCUUUACAAGCCGAUUUGUUUUGUGUUACACCGGCUCGAAAGAGGACAUAAUGGCUGAGAAGAAAUACUCUGGGGCACCAUUUGGAACACAAACAGCAAGGUUUGAUGUGUCUGGUGUGCACCCGAAGAGUAAGACCCCUGGCACCUUCACCGAGAUACCAUACGACAAGAAGUUCACACAAGAUCUGAAGCGUCGGCUCGGUCCUGGCAGCUAUGAUGUUGACCAGGGUGGGUUCAGCACCAAGUCUGUGGAGGACAAGACGAGGGGCCCUGGCUGGGCUCGGGCAUAUGAGGUGGAAAGGAUGGCAGCCCUGCCGCAUCUCCUGCACAAAGAACAGUGGGAACAGAAGCGGAUGUUGCAAAGGAAGCUGGGCCCCGGAUCAUAUGAGAUCAAGGACUUCCUCCAGAGUUCCGAUGAGAAGCCCAGGAGCAGUCAUGGAAUCUGUGAAACCAAGGCACCCAGGUUCAAGGAUGGAACUGUGAGUGACGUUCCAGGCCCCGGGACAUAUGGUAAUGGAGGGAUACCACACGCAGCGUUAGAAGAGAAAGAUAAAAGGUCAACCAGUACUAAAGGGAUGCUGGAUGCUGGGUCUUCAACGCCACGCAACCUCCCUACAGUUGGGUCAGUGUUGGGACCAGGCACCUACAACUUCAAGAGCUUCACAGAACAGAUGGGCAGCAAGGUGACCAGUGUCCGAGGGCCUUAUGAUCUCUUCUCUGGGGACCGGAACAAGCCUAUCACAGUGGGGUACCUGGCAGCACCGAAACUAGCUGACCUUGGCCCUGGUCAGUAUGACCUCAAGUCCUUCUUAACCAACUGGGACACAAUCCAUCGCAAGCGACAGGGCAAGUUUGGCAAAGUGUCCCAAUACCCUGGUACUCCGACAGAGAGGAUCUUCUGUAGUACACUCUCUCAGUGUCAGAAACAAGAGAACACUCCUGGCCCAGGUAACUAUGACCCCAAACCAGUAGUGAAAGCUGCCUCCACCAACUCACCGGGCUUCCUGUCGUCUGCUCAGAGGAAUGACCGGGUAUCACAGAGGUUCUUUACCAGAAACUUUAACCCAGUGGGUGCAGGGCGUUAUGACAUCCAGAAGUGGGAGGAAGCCCAACACAGGAAUGGUCAUGGCAGUGUGUUCAAGUCUCGUACAGGGAAACUGUCAGCUGGCAUGGAAAAGUUCCUCAAGGAGAGAAUACGAGCCAAGGAUGUUCCCCUGGAAGACCGUGUCUUUAUAGUCCCUCCAGAGGCCCCUGGGAAAUCUCAGUCACAAUACACAACUAAAAGAGCCACCACAGUUGUCUAACCCUCACUACAGUAUAUAUACAGAGGAUGGUUAAAAGCUACAUAUCACAGAAUAUAUAUUUGAUAAUGUCAGUGAUCAAUGAGGCCAAAUGCUGAAAUGCCCCAUUCAAAUAAAGGUUAAUUUCACAGAAAACAUGAUAAAAUACAUAAUAUCUUGAUGUGUUUAUAUAUGCGAUACUUGAAUCCCACAGUCUAACUGAAACAUUAAAAUUUGCACAUUAACAGAUGAUAACAAGCAUGAUCUGAGAGCUUGAAAAGUGUUAUGUUGAACUGAUGUCAAUUUAAACAUAGCAGUUGUUGGUUGCAGAUGAUCUGAUCUGCCUCCUCAUGGGGAUUAUAUGGAAGGACACUGUCAGAUCAUCUCCCAUGUAUAUACAUAUAUAUGUUGUGGCCAGUGGUGCUGUUAGAGGAUAUUGUUUUGGUGUCAUGUUUAAACUGUCUGUGAUAACGCUGUUCCACAAUGCAAGUCACAUAACUGCUGUCAUAAGAAUAUGAAAAAACAAUCACUGCUUACUAUCAAAUAGACGCACAAUUUGGGAUAAUUGUUUUAUAUCUUAAAAUAUUUUUUCCGAGUUAAAGGAAUGUUUUUGCAUUUUUUUAAAAAAAACAAUAUAAUUAUUAAAGCAAACAGAAUCAAAGUAUAUACAUAUAUUACCUCAUGUACCCGAGUGCCUGCUUUCAAGAUAACAUGUACUUUGACUCUGGCAUAUUGUCAGUUCCUGUUGUAUGCACCCACUUUGCAAGUAUGCCUGUUACAAACAUUUUAUGCAUUUCAUGCAGUAUUUCUAUUUUGGUAUAAUCUCAACUUCUUAUAAUGUUUCACUUUACCAUUUCAUAUUCUCUAGAAUUUACAAUGAGGACUAUUUUCAUGGUUUUUGAUUUUUUUGUUUGCUUUACAAUUUGUUACUCAACAGUAUUAUCCUACGAGAUUUAGUUUCACAUUUAGUGUUGUUAUCGCUGAUUUAGCAAGGUGUGUGCUGUUUUCUACUAGGCUGCAGCACAGCUUGUGCAGAAGUGUAUGCUGCGCUGUUCUACUCGUCAGUGUGGGUAUAAUUUGGUGACACGAUCUCUAAACAUUUUUUUUUAAAAGAAAGGAACAUAGUAACAAAGCAAAUGAUUUUGUAUAUUAUUUUACAAAAAACGAAGCGUUUGUAGUGCAUGACAAGUAUUUUCUUGGAGGAUGUUUUACUAAUUUAAGCUCAUGAUAAUUUUGAUUAAUAUACAAACUGCCCGGUUGUUUGUAGUGUAGAAACAGGGUUGGUCCGAGUCACACAGGGCUACACUCCAUAUGGGGGGGGGGGGGGAAGAGAGAGAGAGAGAGAGGGGAAAGGAAAGACUGACAUUUUGUAAACAAUCAAACUUUUUUGUGCCAGAUCUUAGACCUGGGACCCUUUGCUGGUCUGUGCAAUAUGCAUGCUUUAGUUGAUCACUGCAUUUUGUAAUGGUCACCAACAUGUGGGGGAAUUAUAACUUAAUUCAUGGAUAAAAAACAGUAGCUGCUCUUCAAGUGGCAAAGUAUUCAGAUUAUAUUAUUUGAUACAAGAUCUGAAAAUGACUUCUACUUGCAUAGAAGAGUCGAUGUAGAAAUGCGAGAUUUUCACCACUACAGUAUUACCUAUUGUGUAUUCAGCUAGUUUUAUUACCAUGUUGUACACUUUGUUGCACUGUUGUCAUAUACCAGUUUGUAAAUAAACAGUUGUGUGAUGGAA